UUCAUACGUCACCUUUUAGGGGAAUCAAUCCCUCCCUCACCAUCAUCAUCACUUCAUCAUACACAAGGAACAAAUUGUCUUUCUCACACACACACACUCACUCACACACUUUGAUCAUCUCAAAAUCGCUGGAUACUGUGUGUUUAUGUGUGUGAUUUUGUGAUAUUUUCUUUCAAGGGAGAUGGUGAGGAUUAUGCCGAUGGCGUCGACCAUUCGUCCUUCUCUCUCAUCGUUCGCCACUUGUCGUUUUGCUCCUGGUGCUAUCUCCAUGGUCAAUUCUUCUUCACGGUUCAAUUCGCUUCACUUUGCUUCCAAUGUGGAAUCACAGUCGCAGCGUUUUGGGCUUAAAGCUUGUAAGUUAUUUAGAGGAGAAGGAAACAGCAAGUCUGUUAAAACAAUUGUAAGCAUGGCCCAGGGAAGCACCGCAACCACUCAGGAAAAUGCCUUGGAGUGGGUAAAAAGUGACAAGAGAAGAAUGCUUCAUGUUGUGUACCGUGUUGGUGACAUGGACAGAACAAUAAAGUUCUAUACAGAGUGCCUGGGGAUGAAGCUGUUGCGAAAAAGAGACAUACCUGAGGAGAGAUACACCAAUGCAUUUCUUGGAUAUGGACCAGAAGAUUCUCACUUCGUGAUUGAACUCACAUACAAUUAUGGAGUCGACAAAUAUGAUAUUGGAUCUGGAUUUGGUCACUUUGGCAUUGCGGUAGAUGAUGUUGCUAAAACUGUGGAUCUCAUAAAGGCUAAGGGUGGCACUGUAACCAGGGAACCUGGUCCUGUUAAAGGUGGGAAGUCAAUUAUUGCAUUUGUUGAAGAUCCUGAUGGUUAUAAGUUUGAACUUAUAGAGAGAGGUCCUACACCUGAACCACUUUGUCAAGUCAUGCUUCGUGUUGGAGAUCUUGAUCGUGCCAUUACUUUUUAUGAGAAGGCUUUUGGUAUGGAGCUUCUGCGCCGAAGAGAUAACCCUGAAUACAAGUACACCAUUGCAAUGAUGGGUUAUGGACCUGAAGAUAAAAGUGCUGUACUGGAGUUGACUUACAAUUACGGGGUCACUGAAUAUGACAAAGGAAAUGCUUAUGCUCAGAUAGCAAUAGGCACCGAUGACGUUUAUAAAACUGCGGAAGCGGUUAAACUUUUUGGUGGGAAGAUUACCAGAGAACCCGGACCUUUGCCUGGCAUCAGCACCAAAAUUACAGCGUGUUUGGAUCCUGAUGGUUGGAAGACGGUCUUUGUCGAUAACAUCGAUUUUCUGAAAGAACUAGAAUGAUGUGGAAAUUCUACUCAGUUCAGAUCCAGAGUUCAGCGAAUCAUCUACUUGGUAAGCUCCAUAUUUGAUCAGAAACACGAUUCUUGAAAGAGGAAGUCGCGUAUCAGAGGGUAGCGAAACCCCCAUUUUGUAGAUAUAAAUUUGAUCAGUGGUUGUAACUUAUCACAACGGAAAUCGAUAGCGCAGGCUACUUGUCGGUAAACAUGGCGAAUAAUGUACAGACCAUUUUGUUUUGGUGAAAUUAGUUUUAGAAACUAGGGAAACCACAACUUCUGUAUCAGUUCUUUUUCCAAGUUUAUUUUCAUUUUUGUGGAGAGCAGAUUCAGAAGAUUUCAUG